UAUAAGCCUUCUCUAUAUAACCAUUUGAAGUAUCAGAAUAACUCCAAUACACAUACUCAGAGUAUUAAGAAUAUAUUCGAUUUCUUUGCAAGCUUUAAGAAAGCUCUUAAGAAAAUCUUUAGUAAUUCUAAUAAAGAAUAUAUUAUAGCUUAG